CGUACUCUGACCCCUCGCUUCUGACCCAAAACUCAACUGUACUUUUGCUCUAGAUCUAGAUCUACUACUAUACUGCUAUAUCCAGAGUGAUACGAUAUGGAUAAACGAGGACCAGCAAUUGGUAUUGAUCUUGGCACCACUUACUCUUGCGUUGCUGUGCUCCAACAUGGCAAAGUAAACGUUAUCCCUAAUGAGUGGGGAAGUCAUACUACCCCAAGCUGUGUGGCCUUCACUGACAUCAAACGACUUAUCGGAGAUACUGCCAAGAGCCAAGCCCACUUACACCCAGUCAAUACCAUUUUUAAUGCUAAGCGUUUAAUAGGUCGACGUAGCCAUGACCUGAUCUCUGAUAAAAGGCUGCAUUUUGAAGUUGUCGAGAAAGGCGUUCAUCCCAUGAUUAGAGUCGAGUACUAUGGUAAAGUAAAAGAACUGCACAUCGAACAUAUCUUAGCUAUGAUUUUCACCAAGAUGAAGGAGACCGCUGAAGCUUACCUUGGAACGACUGUGACUGAUGCUGUUGUUACUAUCCCAGCCAAUUUCAAUGACUUUCAACGACAGGUUACUAAAGAUGCUGGUGUCAUUUCUGGGCUCAACGUGCUUCGAAUCGUUAACGAGCCUAUAGCAGCUGCUAUUGCAUUCAGUUUUGAUCAAAAGAUAGUUUUUGAACGCAAUGUUCUGGUUUUUGACUUUGGUGGUGGUUUUCUCAAUGUAUGCGUUGCAACUAUACAAGAUGGAAUCAUUGAAGUAAAAUCUAUAGCUGGGGACGCUCACCUUGGAGGUGAAGAUUUUGAUAACUGCUUGGUAGACUUUUUUGUGGACGAAUUUGAGACGAAUUUCAAGAAGGAUCUUUCUGGCAACAUGACAUCCUUGUGUCUCCUUCGGACUGCUUGUGAGAGAGCUAAAAGAACAUUGUCUUCUUGCACCGAGGCAAGCAUUGAAAUUGAUUCAUUUUUUAAAGGGAUUAAUUUCUACACCAAGAUUACUCGCGCCAGUUUCGAAGAAAUUUGUGCCGCUUUGUUCCAGCGUACGUUAGAGCCCGUUGAGAAAGCACUCUGUGAUUCAGAAUUGUCCAGGGGCGAAAUUGACGACGUAGUGUUGGUUGGUGGAUCCACUCGUAUUCCAAAGAUUCAGAAACUCCUCCAAGACUUCUUCAAUGGUAAAGAGCUCAACAAAUCCAUCAAUCCUGAUGAAGCUGUGGCCUACGGUGCUGCAGUGCAAGCUGCAAUUCUUAGUGGUGACAAAAGCGAGGAGGUUCAAGACUUGCUGCUGCUCGACAUUACACCUCUGUCUCUUGGUAUCGAAACUGCUGGCGGUGUGAUGACAUCUCUAAUCAAGCGUAACUCAACUAUUCCAAAGAUGGAGUCGCAAAGUUUCACUGUGGGGAAGAACUUGGCCGGGGGGUUCUGCUUAGAUUUGUUCAGUGAGGGUACAGAAGUAAAUCUUGGUAGAUCACUCGAAACAGAGCCAAGCACUGACAUCCGUAUUCCUAUUUGCAUUUUUGAAGGAGAAAGUUGUGAGACAAACAACAAUAACUGCCUUGGGGUAUUUGAUUUUACUACCAUUUCUCCAGCCGCCACUGAAAAAGUGCCUAUGAUUGAAGUAACAUUCAGUGUAGAUCGCAACACAAUUAUUAUGGUGUUUGUUGUUGAUAAAAUCAGUGGUAAGUCUGAAAAGUUCACAGUGAUGCCAUGUAAGAAAUGUCUUACACCAGAAGAGUUAGAACACAUACUCUUAGAGGAAGAAAUAUUUAAAGCCGAAUCCGAAGAACAAGAUACCAUUGUUGUUGCGAAACAGCAACUUGAGAUUUACGCUACUUCUGUGGUAGAAAACAUGGAUCAGCUUUGUUUGGAGUGUAAUAGCAUUUCUACGAGGUGUACAGAGGUUAUUGAGCGGGUGGACACUAAAUACCCGACAGCACAAGAAUUAGAAGAUUUGAAGAAAGAGCUUGAGAAAGCAUACCAUUGUAUGAAAACUAAGAUCUCUCCGUUGCUCCAUGACAUGCCAACAACACCAUACCAGGGUAAUUCUGAUCCUGCACUAUUCGACUUACUGCAAGACAGACUAACAAGAUCUGAGGUACAGGUUAAAGACCUUGAAGCAAUGCUUGCUAUUUCCAGACAACAAACUAAACUAUCAAAAGAACUAUCAGCGACAUUAGAAAUUACCACAAGAGAUCUAACAAACAGACUGACAGUGUCAGAGGCACAUUCUGAGGACGUGGCUAGUAGAUUGGCACAGGCUGAAGCACAUGCUCUAGAAUCGAGGUUAAUGCAAGAGUCACAGCCUUCCUGGGUUGUAGCACGAGCUGAGAUCUACUUGACAGAAGAGGAAAUAGGUCGUGGAGCCUGGGGUGUCAUCAAAGUCGCUGAAUUUCGUGGUCAAAGAGUUGCUGCUAAAGUGCUGCACAGUGAAAUCAUCUCUGCCAAUAACAUCCGCCUCUUCACUCGCGAAAUGAACAUGUCUGCUCGAGCACGUCAUCCUCAUAUUGUACAGUUCUUUGGUGCCACCAGAGAAGGAACACCCAUCAUCCUCAUGGAGCUAAUGAGUACUAGUUUGAGAUGUCGACUAGCCACGGCCCCACUUACUCAAAAGGAAUUUCUAUCCAUAGCAUCAGACGUUGUCAAAGCUCUCAACUACCUUCAUCUAAUGCAGCCAAAACCCAUCAUCCAUCGUGAUGUGAGUUCUGCUAAUGUUCUGCUUGAUCCUUUAGUCCCUCCAAUGACGUGGAAAGCUAAGCUCUCAGAUUUUGGCUCCACUAAUUUUGUAUCCAACCAAGCCACGACUGGCCCUGGCAACCCACUCUAUGCAGCCCCAGAAGCUUUCAGCCCGUACCAACAGUCACCCAAAAUGGACGUUUUCAGCGUUGGCAUUGUUCUAAUUGAAGCAUGCACACGUGAAAUGCCUUCAAUCGAGGAUCGGGAAGAGCUCAUUGGGCAAAUUGCAUGGGUGCAGGUGGUUCCUCUCAUUCACCGCUGCAUUGAAAUGAAUCAAGACAAAAGACCCACAAUGGAUGCUGUACUGAGGGAACUAUCCCAGCUGCAGAGAACAGCUUAAACUACUUUUUGGAACAAUUUAUAGUUAGGAUUAUUUUUUUAUCUCAUCUUUGAUUUAAUUACCGUUACAGAAAUUAUGUCUCAUACGUACCAUUUUGAAAAUGAACACAAUGUUGCUAC